GACGUCGAAGGUUUUUGCCUCUACAAAGGCAACAUGAAACUUGGGAUUUUUUUUUGUUUUCAAUUUUCUUUUUUCCUUUAUAUAUUCACAUACGUUUAGGGCAGUAGUUAGAACAUGCACGAUGCUUUUCAAGUAACCACAGUUGUGGAUAAAUUAACUCGCAUCGAGUCUAUUUUUGCUCACGGUGAUCGACUUUUAAUUGGUACAGGUGUUGGACAAUUACUUGUAUACGAUACCAAAGAACCAUUAGUGGCCGAUAAUAAUGAGGUACCUGAAGUCACUCUUGUACAAACCAUCAAGAAUUUCUCCAAAAGACCUAUUGAACAACUGGAUAUUAUCAAGGAAAUCGAUGUACUCGUCUCACUUUCAGAUGGGUUGGUAAGUCUUCAUGACUUGCGUUCGUUUGAAUUGAGAAUGGCUCUGGGAAAGACAAAGGGGGCUAAUCUCUUUGCCAUUCAAACCAUGGUUGAAAUGAGUCCCGAAGAACAAAUUCCAGUUUUAACAACACGACUCGCAGUAGCAGUCCGAAAGAAGUUAUUGGUAUUUGUAUGGAAAGAUACCGAGUUUUUUGAAACGAAGGAGCUGAAUAUUCCAGAUCGUAUUAAAGCCAUGUCUUGGGUGGGAACAACCAAGAUUUGCUUAGGAUUUUCAACCGAGUAUGCAUUGAUGGAUGUAGAAAAGGGACAAUUAACCGAAUUAUUUGCUCCCUCGGGCGUCGCAGAGGCAGGCCCCAUGAGUACCCUAAACAGUCUCUAUAACAUGUCAAUUGGUGCGAGAGGAGGAAAACCCAUGAUUACAAAAAUCCCGAACAAUGAGAUGCUGCUGGCUCGAGAUCAUGUCAGUAUCUUUUUGGGUUUGGAUGGUACACCUACACGGAAAGUUGGUAUUGAGUGGUCAGGUACACCCGAACAAAUCGGUUACUCUUACCCUUAUGUCAUUGCAAUUCUUCCAAAACAUGUCGAGGUGCGAAACAUUCAAACAUUAACUCUUGUUCAACAAAUUGAAUUAUCAAAUGCAAGGUUUUUAAACCAAGGAAAAUUGGUCUAUGUUGCUAGUACCUCUCAAAUAUACCGCUUGACACCAUAUAGUUUCUCAUCCCAGAUUGAUCAAUUGGUCGAAAAGCAGGAAUAUAAAGAAGCUGUCAGUCUCUUGGAUCAGAUUGAUGCAGUUCUUGUUGAAAACAAGGAAAAGAAAUUAAACGCGAUUCGAACAGCUUAUGCGCAUGAUUUAUUCCGUUGUGGAGAGUACGAUACAGCGUUAGGAUUAUUCCAAGAACUCGACACACCACCGGCAGAAGUAAUCAGCCUGUAUCCCGAAAUGAUCUCGGGUGCUCUGGCGAAAUCAGGGUCCAUGCAUGCAGACGAUGAGGAAGACGAUAAUGUCAGCAUCAUGUCCACGCAUACCAAAAAGCGUAAAGACGUCCUGGAAGAGCAUCAUGAUAGACCUUCCAGUAGAGCUUCAAUAAAAAGUCGUGCCAAUACUGUGGCAAGUCAUCAUAGUGGUAGCCAUCUUAAAAAGAGUGAGACCGUUCCAUUGACCGGACUCAAUCUCCGUGAUGCUGUCACCUACCUGAUCCGUUAUCUUACCGAUAAGCGACAGAAAUUAGCUAGGCGCUUAACUCAGCGACCUGCAUCUACCAAAACGUCUUCAGACAAGUCUUCAAAUGUGGAAGAGGAUGAUGACUGGCUUUACCAAGCUACCCUAGUAGAUACCUCGCUUUUAAAGUCGUACAUGAUGACCAACGAUGCGCUUGUGGGACCAUUACUUCGUGUUCAAAAUCAUUGUGAUGUAGAAGAAUGUGAAAUUAUUCUGAUGGAUAAGAAGAAAUACAAGGAACUUGUUGAUCUUUAUAAUUGUAAAGGAUUACAUGCAAGAGCAUUAGACCUGUUGGAAAAGUUAGGAAAGCAAACCGAUGGCCCAUUAAGAGGAGUACUGCCAACAAUCCGUUAUUUACAAAGAUUGGGCUUGGAUUAUUUUGAACUUGUAUUAAAGUAUUCUCGCUGGGUAUUGGAGAAAGAUCCCAAACACGGCAUGGAUAUUUUUAUCGAUGAUUUAGCAGAGGUAGAAACUUUUCCUCGUGAGAAAGUUUUACAACAUUUGGAAUCCAUUUCGAGCGAUCUUGCAAUUCAGUAUCUCGAAUACAUCAUUGAGGAGUUACAUGAUGAAUCGCCCGAGUUUCAUAAUAGGCUUGUAAUUGCUUAUCUUGACAAAAUUAAUGCUGAUAAGAAGGACGAUGAAAAGAAAAAUCGUGUACGAUCUAGACUUAUCUCGUUUUUAACCGACUCAUCGCAUUACAAAGCAGAAAAGAUAUUAUCUCGGUUACCCAUAGAUGACCUUUUUGAGGAACGUGCCAUUCUGUUGAGCCGUAUUGGGCAACACGAUCAAGCUCUAGAUAUCUAUGUGUACAAGCUCAAGAAUUACGUCAUGGCAGAAGAAUACUGUACAAAGGUGUAUCAAGAAGAUCCCGUCAAGGGAGAAAAAAUGUAUUUGACACUCUUAAAAGUAUAUCUGCAGCCAAGUAACAAUCAAAAGCCACUUACCGAGCCCGCACUAGAUUUGCUUGCGCAUCACGGUUCCCAUAUCAACGCUAGCGAGGUCUUGGCCAUCUUGCCUACACCAACCAAAUUACAUGGGUUAUUUCCAUUUUUUGAAAAAUACAUUCGAGAGACCAACAAGAAUCGUAACAUGGACUUGAUUGUCAAGAAUUUAUUAAAAGCCGAACAAAUUCAAGUGGAAGAGCAGCUCAUGUUUUAUAGGUCGAGAGCUGUCAAAAUCACAGAUGAUCGUAUGUGUCCUCAGUGCAACAAGAGAAUCGGAAAUAGUGUGUUUGCCGUGUUUCCAAACGGCGUAGUUGUUCAUUACUCUUGUAAAGAGAAGAUCGAACAAACUCAAUGGAAAAUAUUAUAAUACCCUCUACCUACCUUUUUUUUUUUUUUUUUUUUUUU